GAUUGAUAUUGGUAUUAGUGAGUUUUCCUUUCACUAUAACUGUCGCGACCGGGGUUGUGACAUUCACUGUACAGCAUAAUAUAUUACAAUUGAAUUUAUACAAGCUAAAUAUACAACUGUACAAAAUGGUUAUUGCCAUUGGCUUUGAAGGCAGUGCCAACAAACUUGGUAUUGGUAUAGUGAAAGAUGGAGAGGUUCUGUCAAACUGUCGAAGAACUUACAUUACACCUCCAGGGGAAGGAUUUCUUCCUCGUGAAACUGCUCAACACCAUCGUGAGAAAGCCCUUAUAAUUCUUCAGGAGGCGUUGGAUGAAGCAAAAGUAAAACCUCAAGAUAUCGAUGUUGUGUGCUACACCAAAGGUCCAGGCAUGGGAGCGCCCCUUGUGUCCACAUCAGUUGUUGCCUUGACUGUUGCUCAACUGUGGAACAAGCCUGUGAUUGGAGUUAAUCACUGUAUUGGUCACAUUGAGAUGGGGCGGCUAAUCACUGGGGCAGACAACCCCACUGUGCUCUAUGUAAGUGGAGGCAACACACAAGUAAUUGCCUAUUCUCGGCGAAGGUAUCGUAUCUUUGGGGAAACGAUUGACAUAGCUGUAGGAAAUUGUUUGGACAGAUUUGCAAGGGUACUUAAAUUGUCAAAUGAUCCUAGCCCAGGCUACAAUAUUGAGCAAAUGGCCAAAAACGGGAAGAAAUUACUGAAAAUGCCGUAUGUAGUCAAAGGUAUGGAUGUUUCAUUUUCGGGUAUUUUAUCUUUUAUGGAAGAACGUGCUGAAAGUCUGCUUGAUUUGGGAGAGUAUACUGCAGAGGACCUGUGCUUCUCCUUGCAAGAGACUAUUUUUGCCAUGCUUGUUGAAACCACAGAGAGAGCUAUGGCUCACUGUGAAUCUUCUGAAGUCCUAAUUGUAGGAGGAGUUGGCUGUAAUUUAAGACUUCAAGAAAUGAUGGGUAUUAUGUGUAAAGAACGCAACGCCAAGCUAUUUGCUACAGAUGAUAGAUUUUGUAUUGAUAAUGGUGCUAUGAUUGCUCAUGCUGGACUAGAAAUGUUUUCGCAUGGUUGGAAAACAUUAUGGGAGGAAACUACAUGUACUCAAAGGUAUCGCACUGAUGAGGUUGAAGUCACUUGGAGAGGAGAGUAACAUUAUUUAAAAAUUAAAGGCUUUUGGUCUGAGAA